AUGACCAGGGACUGGUUGUUUCUAUUAGCUGUCGUUUGCGUCACUGCUAGUGAUGCUUCGUGGGCUCAACUGAAAAUAAACACUCCAUCGUUAGGCACCAUUCAAGGUGAACUCAAUCCCAAUGUGGCAAAUGUUCGUCAAUUCAUUGGUAUUCCCUUUGCUCAACCGCCUAUUGGUAACCUUCGUUUUAAACCACCUGUUUCCACCCUUACCGUUGAUAACGCAUCAUCUACCAUCAUUUACAAUGCCACGGCAGCAGCACAUCAGGGUGGAUUUCCUCUGCUCGACUGCAUGCAGCUCUCUUUGUUGAAUUCCAGCGUGAUAUUGGGACAAGAAGAUUGUCUGUAUUUGGACAUUUUUCUGCCAUUGAACGUCAGCACCAUGUCCUUGUUACCUGUUAUUAUUUAUAUUUACGGUGGUGGUUUUCAAACAUCGGAUCCUCACGAUCCAAGUCACGUUAUUUCACUGUAUCAGAAUGUAAUAUAUGUUGCCAUUCGUUAUCGUGUCAACGUAUUUGGCUUUAUGGCGUCAACAUUGCUGUCGGCUAGUCGAUCAGGAGCAAUUCAAGCCUCAGGUCUGCAAGGUUUUGAAGACCAGCAAAUGGCAAUGAGAUGGGUUCGAGAUAAUAUUCAGUCAUUUGGUGGUGAUCCCAGACGCGUUACAUUGCAAGGCCAUUCGGCCGGUGCUAUUUCAGUUUGCCUUCAUUUGAUUGCACCCGCGUCUCAGGAUUUAUUUCAACGUGCCAUCAUCGAAAGUGGAGGCUGUGAUGUGACACAAUUGCCUUUGAACCAAAUGGAAGUAAUUGGAGAUGAGAUUUCGUCUUACUUUUGCAAUUCCUCAGCGGAUGUUAUCUCAUGUUUGCAAUCGAUUAACGCAUCCACUUUGCUUCAGUAUGCGCAAUCUAAAGAUUAUCUAAAUUUCUUUUCUCCAAAUGCCAUCCAUCCACCAAUCGACGGUCUCAUUAUUCCUGAUUCAAUAACGAAUCUAUUUCAGCAGAAUAAAUUUGCGACAAAUGUUUCUCUGUUAUCUGGAACAGUCAAUGCUGAAUUUGGCUUGUUUAUUGCAGGCGGCUUUGAGACAGGAUGGCAAAUAAGAAAUUUAAGUCAGACUAUAUUAUCUCAGUGGGUUCAGUUGUUUUCCAGAGGUCAAUCAGCAUACUUAAACUCUACCUACAAUCCAUAUGUCGCUCCGUACUUGCCACCGACACUAGUCAACUAUUUCGGUUUGACUGACGCGCUUUCAACGGGUAUAUUUCAGUGUCCUGUUCGUCGAACAGUCGCCCAUUUAGCCAGUAAUGGAACUGGAUCUGUGUAUUUGUACUCCUUUGAUUAUAUUCCACUGUCGUCUCCUUUCGCCGAUUUAUCACAGUCUGUUCACGGUCAAGAACUUCCAUUCGUAUUCAACACACCCAAUUCGUCCGCGUUGACACAAAUUAUAUUUCCGGUGAGCACAUUCACUGUCAAUGAACAACUGUUAGCGUCAACUAUGAGUUUACUUUGGACUCGAUUUGUCGUCAACGGGAAUCCAAAUGCGCCCCUUGAUGGAGAAGCAACAAAUCCAUUGAUAACUCAGUUAACUCAGCUUGGUGGCUGGCCGGCGUAUUCGGUGAAUGCCACAACUAAUCUUUCUUCUUACCUGAUAUUCGCAAAUACGGCAACGGGGAACAGUAGUGCCACCCUUCGUUUAUCAACGAACGGUACCAUUCCCCGACGUGUGCCGCAUGGGAUCAGGUUGUGA